CCCAUCUUGCAACUGCAUUUGUGCCUGAUGGGGGUCCUAGUGAAGCCAACAGAGCUCUAAGCAGAGAGAGGUCACCCCAUAAGAUGUAGUUGAAGAAUCAGCACCUAGAUCAACUAACAGCUUUGAGGAAGAACUGGGACAGGUUUAGCAGGAGUGACUGGAGAGUUCUGUCUUGCGGACUUACUUUCUUCCAUAAAAUUUGAAGAAAAAAAUCCAUUUAGAAACUUUAAUUGUGAGAUGGUUUUUGUAUUUUUUGAACUUCAUUACUGAGAACAUUUAGGCCUGGUCUACACUACAAGUUUGUCGAAUUUAGCAGCAUUAAAUCUAAUUAACCUUGCACCUGUCCACACAACGAAGCCAUUUUUGUCGACAUAAAGGGCUCUUAAAACCGAUUUCUUAUUCCUCCCCAACGAGGGGAUUAGCGCUGAAAUAGACAUCGCCGUUUCGAAUUAGGGUUAGUGUGGAUGCAAUUCGACGUAUUGGCCUCCGGAAGCUAUCCCACAGUGCACCAUUAUGACUGCUCUGGACAGCACUCUGAACUUGGAUGCACUGGCCAGGUGUAAAGGAAAAGCCCCAGGAACUUUUGAAUCUCAUUUCCUGUUUGGCCAGGCGAGCUCAUCAGCACAGGUAACCAUGCAGUCCCAGAAUUGAAAAAGAGCUCCAGCAUGGACCAGAUCGCUGUAUGGGGAGAUGAAGCCGUGCUAUCAGAACUACGUUCCAAAAGACGAAAUGCCAAAACAUUUCAAAACAUCUCCAGGGCCAUGAGGGACAGAGGCUACAGCAGGGACGCAACAGAGUGCUGCGUGAAACUUAAGGAGCUCAGACAAGUGUACCAGAAAACCAAAGAAUCAAAGGGACACUCUGGGACAGACAUGCUGCUUCUACGCUGAGCUGCAUGCAAUUCUAGGGGGGGGCUGCCACCACUACCCCACCCCGUCCGUGGACUCCGAUGAUGAGGUACUCUCCACCAUGCCUGAGGAUUUUGUGGAUGGGGAAGAUGAGGAGGAGGACGAGCUUGAGGAGAGCACACAGCACGCUGUUCUCCCUGACAGCUAGGAUCUUUUUCUCACCCUGAUUGAAAUACCCUCCCAACCCAAUGAAGCUGGAGAAGGGACCUCUGAUGGCCCUUAUUCCAACAGGAAUGUUCACAAUGGGUACUGAUGAACCUGAAAUACAGCAAGAUGGGGAAUGGCCUGCUAGAAGAGUCCAUGUUAGCCAGUUCUAUAUGGAUCGGUAUGAGGUCAGCAAUGCAGAGUUUGAGAAAUUUGUGAAUGCCACUGACUAUGUUACAGAGGCGGAGAAAUUUGGAGACUCCUUUGUAUUUGAGGGUAUGUUGAGCGAACAAGUGAAGACUGAAAUCCAGCAAGCAGUUGCAGCUGCUCCCUGGUGGAUGCCUGUUAAAGGAGCUAAUUGGAGGCAACCUGAGGGACCAGAUUCUAAUAUCUCAAAGAGAAUGGAUCACCCAGUUCUUCAUGUCUCCUGGAAUGAUGCUGUAGCGUAUUGCACGUGGGCGGGAAAACGAUUACCCACAGAAGCUGAAUGGGAGUACAGCUGUCGAGGAGGCCUCGAGAAUAGACUUUUCCCAUGGGGCAAUAAGCUUCAGCCAAAAGGUCAGUACUAUGCCAAUACCUGGCAGGGAGAGUUCCCCAUAAACAAUACUGGAGAGGAUGGAUACAAAGGCACUGCGCCAGUUACAGCAUUUCCUCCAAAUGGCUAUGGCUUAUACAACAUAGUGGGAAAUGCCUGGGAGUGGACAUCUGACUGGUGGGCUGUUCAUCAUUCUGAAGGAGAAACUCACAACCCAAAAGGGCCCUCAUCAGGGACUGACAGAGUGAAGAAAGGUGGAUCCUAUAUGUGCCAUAAGUCCUAUUGCUACAGGUAUCGCUGCGCAGCCCGCAGUCAAAACACUCCUGAUAGUUCUGCUUCAAACCUGGGAUUCCGUUGUGCGGCAGACACUCUGCCAGCUUUACAGUGACAGAACUUGUUGGUGCUCUGAAGCCACAGGGGACUAAAAAUUUCACUCCAGGACGAGGAGUUUUGUGGAGCUCCAGCCUGCUGAGAUGUUCUGCAGUUACCAGUCUCUAGUGAGAAAAAACAAGAUAUCCAGCUAAUUAAAAAAGACCGCGUUGGAGAAAAUCACCUUCCAAAAUAAGUCAAUGCUAAUCAGAGACAUUUAGUUCUAUAACUAAUCUUUGGGUUGAAUUCCCAUCUCAACUGUGCAGGUGAAAACAUGGAGUUAAUGCUAUUAAUUUAAUUAGAAAUAUUCCAGAUUUACACCAGCAUAAAACGAACCAGAACUUUCCUGACUGCAUUUUGAGAAGGAUAUUUUGUUUCCGAUACUAUUUUUCUCUCCUUUAGAGAAGAUGCUCUUCAGUACUGAGUAAGUAUUUUAUGAUAGAUUUACCUACGUGAUCCAAAACCCUCAAGUAGGCUUUACAUACUUUGGGAGGAGUUAAAGGAAAAUCUGAGGUUUUGUAGCAUGAUAUUUACUUGUUACAUCCUGAGUAAUAUAGGAAACAUAUUGUCAAGUAUAACUGAGGGUCACGGAUGGAAGAAAAACAUUCCACAUUAACUAUUACCCUAUAUUAGCAAUUGGCUAUGCUUUUGUAGAUUUAGGCUACCUACAAAUGUGUAGGUAGCCUACAUUUGUAAAAACGUAGUGUAGCUCUUGUUGCUGUCACACGUGAACAUUGUGUUCAGAAAGGACCCUUGCCCAGGUGAGCAGUAAUUUUCUCCCUUUCUAAAAAGUGGCAGCUUUUAUUAGAAUGGGGAUGAUAGUCCCACAAAGGAAUGAGCAUUAUUUCCCUUACACUGGAAACUUGUAGCAAUAGAAACACACCGGAGAUUUCCUUUAACGUCUAUCUAACAUUGUGUAGAUUUAUUUUGGGGGUUUUAAGUUAUUUAUUCAAACUAGUGGUUUCAAAAUUUUCUUUGCUAGUGAAUGGCUCUUCUUGUAUGAAAGCUUGCAUGAAAAGACAGGAAAUUUGAACUGAAUGGAAAGUUUCUCAUAGGCUUCAUUGGGAAAACCUUGAGGUUGUCCUUAGAUAAGUUUCAAAAUGUAUUGAAAAGCUCAGUGAUAGCUAAAUGUAGUUGUGGCUGGUAAAUUAACUCCAUCAUCUUGGGCUUUUCAUGUUAAAAUACACUUGAAUCUUUCUUCUCUAAUGUGCUUCACUCUUACCAGCAGAGUGCUGCUGACUCUGGGGCCCAGUCUUAGGGGCAGAUGAAAAAGUUUCCAUGUCAACCACUUACUCUUUAUUCUAACUUUAAUCUAAUCAAGAAAUUUUCUGUUUGCUAAAUAUUAAGAAGCUCCUAACCUGAAUGUGCCAAUCCCUUAGGCAUGGGUUCUAUUCCCAGCUGUUCCACAGUGAUCUAGGACAAGUCCUGUGUCUCGGUCUCCCCAUCUAUACAAAGGUGCAUAAGAGUGAUUCCCAUUUUAAAGUGCUUUGAGAUCUAUGAAUACAAUGGGGUAAGUGAGUUUGUAAUAGCAAUAUUUUGUAUUCAUAUUAUUCGCUUGUUUCCAGCACUUCUUGCCUAUAACUUUGAUAGGUAGGUUUUAAAAGACAAAGACAUUAGUUGCUAACUUCUGCCCUGGGAUAGUGAGUUUCCCGCCGAAUGGAAAGCCACUAGAGAGGUUUAUUCCUAUGGGAGUGACCGUGCAGUUCACCCACCCCAGACCCCAUUGGCAUAGGAACUAAAGUUACACUUACACUGAAUUUUAGUCUGUCGUGUAAGCCAUUAAAGUAUAAACAUUUGCCAAUGCCAAGUGUUAAAACAUAUCACAUAAUCAUAGGAAAAAGCUGUGGUAUCUCAAGCCACUGUUCGGGAACUGUUGGGAAAGGCUGACCAGUUGUAUAUACUAAACACAGUGCUCAAAAUAGUGCAUCCACUGAAACAAAUGGAGAGAAAUGCUGUCCAUCUUAGUUUAAACUUCCUUUGCCAUCAUAGGGACAUGUCUGCCUUUGUGGAAGGGAGUAUGCUUUCAUGAAAAUUCUUUGAGUUAUUGUCAUUGUUGAACACUGCUUAUUUAUAUAUAAAAUUAAAAAAGUGUCUGGUUCUGAAGCUUUGAAAAAUCAUAGGAAUUUUUGUCUCUAAAUGGCAGCUUCAGAAUGCUUCUUUAGAAGUGGGGCAUGUCUGUCAAGAUUUACUGUCCCCUGAGUGACAUAGGUGUGAACUUCCUUCUGCUGGUCUUUCAUUCUGAUGGUUUAACUUGUUUGUUUCAUAUGUACAGCAUUAGCUUGAACUAGUUCCACCUUUUUUUUUUUACAUUUUUACAACAAUCGAUCAGAACUUUGAUAAAAUGAUUAAACUGAACAUUCUGUAAACAA